AUGGACACUUACCAUCCAACAAAGCAUGUGCAGUUGCUCCGGGCCGAUGCCAUUCGGUCCCGUCUUGUUGAUACCUUCUCUCUCAUCGAGCAUUUGCAAGGCUUGAGCCAAGCUGUCCCACGGUACACCGUCUACGAGUUAUUUGAUCCUUCCCAGAAGAAGAAGCUUAUGGUGGGAGAUCAACAUCAGCUAGUGCGCUUUUCCAUAAAGCCUCGUCAUGUAGAGCAGAUUACACAUGCCCAAAGACUAAUGAGCAGGCUUCGGGUGCGAUGCAGUAAGAGACCACCUCUGUCUUUGUGGGCAGGAUGGGUCCUUGAACGACCUCUGUUUACAAAUUUUAUUAUCUUCCUCAUCUUUCUGAAUACAAUCGUACUGAUGGUUGAAAUAGAAUUGCUGGAAUCCACAAAUGCCAAACUGUGGCUCCUCAAGCUGAGUCUGGAGGUGGCAGCUUGGUUCAUCAUGCUUGUUUUUCUCUUUGAGAUCCUUCUUAUGUGGACAUUCAGCUUUUUCCUCUUCUGGAAGAAUACCUGGAAUGUCUUUGACUUUAUUGUCACCAUAUUGUCCCUGAUUCCGGAGGUUGUGGUGCUAGUAGGGGUGACAAGCCAGUCUGUAUGGCUCCAGUUGCUGAGGAUCUGCCGGGUGCUGAGGUCCCUCAAACUCUUUGCACGAUUCCCUCAAAUUCGAGUCAUUAUUUUGGCCUUGGUCAGGGCCCUCAAGACCAUGACCUUCCUCUUGAUGUUGCUACUCAUCUUCUUCUACAUUUUUGCUGUGGCUGGUGUCUACUUCUUUGAAGGCUACACCCAUUCAACUCGCCAGGACCUGCAGUACCAAAUGUUCUUCUCGGAUGUGCUAAAUUCCCUAGUGACGGUGUUUAUUCUCUUCACCUUGGAUCAUUGGUAUGCAUUGCUUCAAGAUAUCUGGAAGGUACCUGAAGUCAGCCGCACCUUCAGCAGCAUCUAUGUUGUCCUUUGGUUGUUGCUUGGCUCCAUUAUCUUUCGAAAUAUCAUAGUAGCCAUGAUGGUUACUAAUUUCCAGCAUAUCAGGAAUGAGCUGAAUGAGGAGAUGACAUAUCUGGAGGUUCAACACAAAGCCGGGAUAUUCAAGCGUCAGAUUAUCCAGAGGAGACAAAACCUCUUGUUACCCGAGACAAUAAGGUCAAGCCACAGCAAAAUUACUACUAGAGAUUCUGAAGGAGAUGACCAGUUAGACUGGGAGACUCAUGUGCAUCAGAAUCUGCCUGGGCUAAUGGAAAUGAAUCAGGAGGAACGUGUUGUUUGGCCCAGAGACUCACUCUUCCGGUAUUUUGAGUUGCUAGAAAAGCUCCAGUAUAACCUAGAGGAGCGUAAGCACUUGCAAGAAUUUGCAGUUCAGGCACUGAUGAACUUUGAAGACAAGUAA